GGAAGUUAUUGACCUGUGUCCAAAGUUUAAGCUCCGGCGUGAUGUAUCAUGACAUGAAUAGAAAAGUAGAGAACAAUGUGGGUAUCACGUUAUAAUACAGUUUCAUCAUACAGUGUAUAACAGUUUAAGUUUUCUUAGUUAAUACGGAGGAUUCAUGCAAGAUUCAUAUUUAUUUAUUUUUAUUUACGUCGUUUGCAGUUGUGCACUGUGAAAGAGAGUGCGCUACGCAGUUGAUAAGUAGAUGUGUCACACCCAUACAAUUAUCGGUUUGAUUGCAACCAGCGGACAGCGCGAAUAACUUAACAGUAUCAGUGAACAUAUUGUUGUGUUUUUUGAGGUAAAGCCUUACCAGUCAUUGAUAGCUACAAGCGUCCACUUAAGUUAAGCUGCAAACUAUCAGCAUCCUCUGAGACAGUGCAAUGGCACUGACAGACACGGAAUCAGGUAACGCCAAUGGAGAGGACGGAGUUGGGGAAGCCGAUGUGAUCGCAAAGGCUUGUGUUCUUGAUGGGUUCACCUUCAGUGCUGAGGUGAGGUCUCUGAUUGCCAGUUUACCUGAAAUACACGAAGAUACAGGCAGAACUGAAUCUGCAAUGGAGAGAUUCAUAUAUAUUAUGGAUAAUUACCAAGAGCAAUCUCAUCUUUUGGAUCCACACUUGGAAUGGAUGGUGAACAUGUUGCUAGAACUUAUCCGCAAUGAGAAGUCCCCACCGCUGCUUGUGCACCUUGGAUUUAAAUUUCUUUACAUCGUCUGCAAGGUCAGAGGCUACAAGAUCUUUAUGCAGCUCCUUCCUCAUGAGGUGGCAGACGUUCAGCCUGUGUUGGAUCUGCUGUGUAGACAAGACCCCAAAGACACAGAGACAUGGGAGACCCGCUACAUGCUUCUCCUGUGGCUCUCCAUGACCUGUCUCAUUCCCUUUGACCUUUCUCGUCUGGAUGGUCAUCUGGACUCUGACUCUGCUCAGGGCAGAGAGCCCAUUAUGGACCGCAUCCUUGCCGUUGCCAAGUCUUAUCUAGCAGUCAGUGACAAAUCCAGAGAUGCUGCAUCAGUGCUUGUGUCAAAGUUUGUGACACGCCCUGAUGUGAAGCAGAAGAGGCUGGGAGAUUUCCUUGACUGGACCCUCACAACCGUUUCCCAGGCCAAUGACCUCACCAUGGAGGGCACUAUCAUCCUGGAUGGUGCUUUGCAGAAUCUGUGCCAGUUAUUCAAGCAUGGCAAGAGAGAUGACUUCCUCCAGUACGCUCCAACAGUCCUCCAGUGCCUUGACCAGCGGCGCCUGCCUGAGAGCAACCAGGCUAUGCUGAGGAAGCUGGGGAUGAAGCUGGUGCAGAGGCUGGGCUUGACCUUCCUCAAGCCCCGUCUAGCCAAGUGGAGGUAUCAAAGAGGCAGUCGGUCCUUAGCUGUCAAUCUGGCCCAAUCUGACUCCUCCCAACCGAUGGUGACCUCCACCCCUGAUCUGGACUCACAGGACGAGGACUACGACAUUCCCGAAGAGGUGGAGAACGUCAUCGAGCAACUCCUUGUUGGGCUGAAGGACAAGGAAACCAUUGUUCGUUGGUCUGCUGCCAAGGGAAUCGGAAAAGUCACGGGCAGACUUCCAAAAGAGUUGGCUGAUGAAGUUGUUGGGUCAGUGCUGGAUUGUUUCAGUUUCCAGGAGACGGAUAACGCAUGGCAUGGUGGCUGUCUCGCUCUGGCAGAACUGGGCAGAAGAGGGCUUCUGGUGCCCUCCCGUCUACCCGACGUGGUUCCACUGAUCCUAAAGGCUCUGACGUAUGAUGAAAAGAGGGGAGCCUGUAGUGUAGGCUCCAAUGUGCGGGACGCUGCCUGCUACGUGUGUUGGGCCUUUGCCCGGGCCUAUGAACCCACGGAACUCAAGCCUUUUGUCAACCAGAUUGCCAGUGCCCUUGUGAUCACUGCUUUGUUUGAUCGGAACGUGAAUUGCCGGAAGGCGGCUUCAGCUGCGUUUCAGGAAAAUGUCGGCAGACAGGGCACGUUCCCUCAUGGCAUAGAUAUCCUUACAGCCGCAGACUACUUCGCAGUGGGGAACCUCAACAACUGCUAUCAGUCCAUCAGUGUCUAUAUCGCAGGGUUCUCUGAAUACACCAAACCCAUGAUUGACCACUUGGUGGCUAUGAAGGUUAAUCACUGGGACGGAGCGAUCAGAGAGCUAGCCACCAAAGCACUCCAUAACCUCACCCCCAAAGCACCAGAGUACAUGGCAGACUCAGUCCUGCCACAGAUGUUGCCCAUGGCAACAGGGCUGGACAUGCAUGGUCGCCAUGGUGCCAUCCUGGCCUGUGCUGAAAUCACUCAUGCUCUGUACAAGCUCAGUUCCCAGAGCAACAGGCCAGUGACGGAGCUACUCUCCCCGGACACAGUGGAGGGUCUGAGAGGCAUUCACCAGAAGCUCACAGACAGGAAGCAGUACAGGGGCUUUGGUGGGGAACUCAUGAGGCCAGCAGUAUGUGUCCUGAUUGAGAAGAUGUCUGUCUCCAAGAUGCCUUUUACAGGAGAUCCCGUCAUUACGGGGUGGCAGUGGCUGAUCGACGACAGCCUGAAGAGCCUGCAUCUGUUCUCCAGCGGAGCCAAGCAGGGCAUCAAGGAAGCUGCUGUAUCAGCCCUGGCAUCUCUCUGCAAUGAGUACUAUCAGCUGGAGCCUGGGAUGGCUGACACACAGAUGCAAGAGGUCCUGGUGAGCCAGUACAUUGAGGCCCUGAAGAGCCCAGAGGUUCUGACCCGAUGUGGCUGUGCACUGGCCCUGGGCUCUCUGCCCAGGUUCAUCAUCCGCACCAAACUCCAACAGGUGCUGGAGGGUCUUCAGCAGGCCUGUACCGUCUCCCAGAAGGACGUGGGCUUCACUGAGGCCAGAAGGGACGCAGCCACAGCCUUGGCACAGGUGUGUGUGACUGUCGGCUUGGACGCGGAGGGCUCUCCUGACAGUGUGCUGUGUGCUGCCAACAUCCAGCAGGUCUACUCCACGCUGCUCAACUGCAUGGGCGACUACAGCAUGGACAGCCGAGGAGACGUGGGCUCAUGGGUGCGAGCCGCAGCCAUGACUAGCCUGAUGGAGGUGACCCUGCUAGUAGCCAGCUCUGCUCCAGACCUGCUCUCCCCUGGCAUACCUCUUCGAUCAUCUUCCCAGUGUCUUCUUUGUGUUCCUUCUGCCUCUCUCAAAUCCAAAGGAGCUGAGAAGUUGACCUAUGGGCGCCUCCUCCACAGUUUUCAGGAUCCUCCACAGCAGUGUCCUGCAGUGCCCCACAUCCCCCACCAGGAGGAGCUGCGGAGCAUCUUUCCAGCGGCGGAGGCCAGCUACCUGAACUGGAACGCGGCGUCCCAGGCCUUCUCCCACAUCACGCGGCUGCUGCGGCUCCAGACCUACCAGUACCACACGCUGCUGGGACUCACUGUGUCUGUGGGGGGCCUCACCGAGUCCACGGUCCGGUUCUCCUCUCAGUCCCUGUUUGACCACCUGAGGGGGAUCCAGCAGGACGCUGUCGCUCUGGGCCAGUUUGGAGACACACUCCUGCGCAUCUUUAAAGAUCACCUACGCAAUGACCGGGUGUCUGUGCCUUUACUGAAGAUGCUGGACCAGAUGUUGGCUAAUGGCUGUUUCGAGCUUUUUACCAGCGAGGAUAACCAUCCAUUUUGUUUGGACCUGUUGGCUCUCUGUAAGGAGGAAAUGAAAAGGUCCAAAGACGUCCAGAAACUGCGUCCCGGUAUAGCUGUGUACUGUGGCAUGAUCCAGUUCCAAGGCAGCGUGAGGAAGAGCGUCCUGCUGCAGCUGCUGAUGCUGCUGUGCCACCCCUUCCCUGUGAUCAGGAAGACCACUGCCAGUCAGGUGUACGAGAUGCUCCUCACCUACGACGAUGCGGUGGACCCUGAAGUCCUGGAUGAUGUGAUGACCCUGCUUAGUGACACUAACUGGGAGAGUAAUCUUCUUUCUUGA